UGACGGUUUCUGAUUGGGCCGCGCUGGCGUGGGGGGAACCAAUGGGAAGCGGGCUUUGGGGGUUGCCAGGGAGAGAGGCAGGCUGGCGGCUGACUUCCUCUUCCGGCGGCUGAGGCACGAGGAUCCGGUGUUUCAACAGCGGGAAAAUGCGGCCUUUGACUGAAGAGGAGACUCGCGUCAUGUUUGAGAAGAUAGCGAAAUACAUCGGGGAGAACCUUCAGCUGCUGGUCGAUAGGCCCGACGGCACCUACUGCUUCAGGCUGCACAACGACCGCGUGUACUACGUGAGUGAAAAGAUCUUGAAGUUGGCCGCCAACAUCUCCGGUGACAAGCUGGUGUCGCUGGGGACCUGCUUCGGGAAAUUCACGAAGACCCACAAAUUCCGGCUGCACAUCACAGCUCUGGAUUACCUGGCCCCCUAUGCCAAGUACAAAGUGUGGAUAAAGCCUGGAGCAGAGCAGUCCUUCCUGUAUGGGAAUCACGUGUUGAAAUCUGGGCUGGGUCGAAUCACUGAAAACACGUCUCAGUACCAGGGAGUGGUGGUGUACUCCAUGGCAGACAUCCCUUUGGGUUUUGGGGUGGCAGCAAAGUCUACACAAGACUGCAGGAGAGUAGACCCCAUGGCGAUUGUGGUAUUUCAUCAAGCAGACAUUGGGGAAUAUGUACGACAUGAAGAGACGUUGACUUAAAACGAAAUCAUCGCGAGGACUUGUGGCUGUGUGGAAGGGCCUAGCUUUGUUUCCCGUGUCUGUGUAGGCUCCACCAUCUUGUUGAAUUUGGCCAACACUGUGAUCUCUCCAGGGACUACUUAGCUCGAUAUGGACAAAUGCAGGCUGGAUUCUUACUGAGCAGGAAUGGGUCAAAAAUGGCCAUUUCGGGUGUUUGUGUUUGUUACUAAAUAGAGUAUCGUGUUUUUUAUAUUUCAAUCAGGACUUCUUAUUUUCAGUAAAAGAUUCUAAAUCAUUGGAAUUGAGGACAAGAAUAGCUUAUUGUUAUCUGUGAUAACACUUUUCCAACCUCAUGGUAAGAAUACAACAGGUUUUCUUAUUAAUACUAGGAAGGUAGAUAUUGCUGUAUAAGAAUAGUUGGCUGUGUCUGGGAUUUUACAAAUGAAAUUUGGAUAAAAUACUAAGAGCAAUUUAUUCUUCUAGUUUUCCUUAUGAUGAGUGCUGUGUGGUGUGGGAGAAAACUUGGAUCAUAAACCUAGUUCUAAUAUCUACCAGCUCUGAUGUUUUAGAUGAGUCAUUGAAACUUUAGUGAGCUUCAUUUUCUUCUGUUUCAAAAAACAGCUUUAACCAUCUACCUAAGAAUGGUUUUCAGAAUUUGCCUAGCAAAUGAGAGGUGCUGACUAAGUGGUAAGAAUUGUUUUUAUGUUGCAUAUAUACUGAGUGUUUCUGCUACUAAGCAUAGGAUCUAAUGAGUAUAAUUUGAUUAUAUUAUUUUGGUUUUUCCAAGCUGUUUUCUGCAUCUUUUUCCUGGAUGGUGAUUUCAGAUUGAAUGUUAUUUUCAUCACCUUGGUUUCCUAAAACAUUUCCCUUAUGAACCUUUACUUAACUUACCGGACUGGACAAAAAGCACUAAUCAGAGACCCUGAAAUAAUUUACUGCCUUCAUUCUUCCAUGUGCUUCCUGAAGUCAUUUUUAGAAUUAAAAUAUUUUUAAAAUGAAA